AUGUCGGUCCACAAAGCCCUUAAAGCCGAGAAGUUUCAUCCUUUUAAGGUUCAGUUAAUUCAUGAAUUGAACGAGGACGAUUUUGACCGCAGGAUUGAAUUCUGUGAACUCAUGAUGCAACGGUGUACUUUGGAUCCAAUGUUCAAAAAUAGAAUUGUAUUUUCAGAUGAGGCUUCAUUUAGUCUUCAUGGCCACGUGAACAGACAAAACUAUAGGUAUUGGUCUCCUGAAAAUCCGCAUUGGGCUCAAGAAUGCCAUACUCAAAAUCCCCAAAAAGUCAAUGUUUGGGCAGGCAUUGUCGGGACCAAAUUAAUAGGGCCAUUCGUGAUCGAAGGAAAUCUAAACGGAAACCGUUAUCUGGAGUUACUGCGAGAGUCGAUAGUACCUGCCAUUGCCCAUGAGUUUCCUCCGGAAGACGAAGAAAAUGUUGUCAACGAGAACAUUUGGUUUCAGCAAGAUGGCGCACCACCUCACUAUAAUGCUGAAGUCCGAAAUUACUUGGACGAAGUUUUUCCAGAUCGUUGGAUAGGGAGGCGGGGAGCUAUUGAAUGGCCUGCCAGAUCACCCGACUUGACGCCGUUAGACUACUUUUU